ACACACACACCAAGGUGUGGACAGGAGCCCUCAGGCAAACCACAGCAGAGACUCCCCAGCAAUGUUACCACCCUUUCCAUCUGAGAAAGGCAGAGCGGCAGGAGCCCAGCUCCACCCCUCCAGUCCCUCACUCUUCCGCCCUGCACUCAUCACAGAUGAUCGGGCAGCCGGCCUGGGAGAUGUGUGUCUGAGCACACAAAGACAGCGACAUGCAAAUGGGAAUGACGGUUUUCCAUCAGAGGCCAGGCUGGUGGGUCCUUGGGAGUCAAGUCACAAGAAAUCCGGACACCCGUGUUUGCAGACCAGGCCUAUGGGAAUGGGGAGACGCGGACCGCAUCUCUGAGGUGCCAGGAGCAGGUGAGAAGAAAUGCUUCAGAGAAGGGGAUCCACAGUGUCCGUUGGCCAUGCCUGAAGUUGGGCAGAGCAGCCUGGGUGGGCCUCUCGAGUGUUCCAGUCUGGUGCAGUGAGAUAAGAUGAGUGAGAUUUUGCCUCUCUGCGGUGAAUGUUGCUUCAAGGGCCUGUCUUCGUGGGUGUGCCCCUCCUGGGACCCAUCCUGAUUUGCAUGUUCACUCAUCAUCAGACAUCCGGUUGGUGUGAGGAUGAGAGGAAGCUGUCUUGGUGCCCACCCCACAAAGUCAUAUUGCUUGUGUGGGCAACCAUCUACUCUGUCAUGGGCUACGCCUCCUACCUGGUGUGGAAGGACCUGGGCGGGGGCUUCCGGUGGCCCCUAGCACUGCCCCUUGGCCUCUACACUUUCCAGCUCACCCUCAGCUGGACUUUCUUGUUGCUCUUCUUGACAGCCGACAACCCUGGGCUGGCCCUCCUGGACCUGUUGCUGCUCUACGGGCUGGUGGCAAGCCUGGUGCUUAUCUGGCAGCCGAUCAACAAGCUGGCUGCUCUGCUCCUGCUGCCUUACCUGGCCUGGCUCACCGUGACCACCGCCAUCACCUACCGCCUGUGGAGGGACAGCCUGUGUCCAGCGUACCGGCCUUAGCCGCCCGAGAAGGGCAACUGAGGCACCAGGCUACGGGAGAGAGGGCAGGGUGGCAAGCGGGAGGGGAGGAUGUGGAGCUGGAGACACUCUGUGGCUGCUGUCCUUAGACUUCGGAGAAAUAGAACGGAAUAAAAUCCCGUUGCUGACUUGGA